AUGCCAGGAGACUUCGUCGCAAGCACUCAAGAAAAGUACCGCGGUACAGGCGGUGCCAUUGCCGUUGUGAAAGAUGGCCAUGUCCUCACUGAGAGCACUUGGGGUUUCGCUGAUAUGGACCUGCGGAUCCCAAUGACAGCCACUACACACCUUCCCAUCUGUUCGAUCAGUAAACAAAUGAUCUGUCUGGUGCUCGAAAGCAUCGUUCGUGAUCCGCCCACGAUCGUCAAGCAGAGAGGUGGAGGCGACAUUCGAGACCAACUGGAUGCUGAGCUGAAGAAUAUGCUGCCGCAACUCAUGGAUCAUCCGGACGGGAAGCUCACCAUUGCGGACCUAUACAACAUGCAAUCUGGAAUUCGAGACUAUUGGGCGAUGACUACACUCUGGGGAGCUCGACCAGAUGAUCCAUUCCGGCUGACGAUUGACGCUCCCAAGACGCUCGAACGGACCCGCUCAUUUCAUUUUCCGCCAGGCACAUCGUUCUCGUACUCGAACGUCAACUUUCACGUCCUCGCCCGGAUCAUAGAGAGGGUUACAGGGCAGUCACUAGGCCAGCUCCUGAGUGAGAGAGUCUUCAUCCCAGCGGGCAUGUCAACCACUUCCCUCUGUCCCAACACAGCCGGCCACCCUCUUCCCUGUCUAGGCUACGAAGGCGACGAGAAGCACGGCUACACACCCGCUCACAACCGUAUCGAAUGGUCCGGCGACGCGGGUAUCGUGGCUACAUUGCAAGACAUGAUCGCCUACGAAAAGUACCUCCAAGCCAGCUGGACCGACCCGAGCAGCACCUAUCAAACUAUUGCCCGACCACAAACAUAUCGCGACGGCUCUUCAGCGACCUACGGCCACGGCCUUGUCCACACGAAAAUCGGCGAGCAUUCCAUUGUCGGCCACGGCGGUGCCCUUCGCGGCUUCCGACUCCACCGCAUGCACUGCCCUGCCGAGAAGACCUCGGUCGUCGUCCUCUUCAAUCACGAAGCCGACGCUGGCGGCGCAGCCGAAGAGAUUCUCAAAGCAUUGCUCAACCACUCCCCUCCUCUGCCAGCCAGCAUCACUCCCUCCCCCAAAUGGACAGGUGCAUACCUCAAUCCGCAGAACAACCUCCUCCUCACCGUCGUCCCUUCGCCUGGCAAGCCCUCCACGCUCUCAGUCACGUACGCUGUCGCUCCGGCAGAAGUCACCCUCGCGUCACCGACCACCGCCGAGUCAGCCGGCAUGCUCGCGUCCAUCGCUCCCUCAAGCUCCUCCGACGUAUCCCCACAACAAAACUUAUCCAUCACCCGCCUCCGUGAAAACACCAUUUUCCAAGCCCGCCGCUUACCCGAACCAUCUGUCCCGCCUCCCUCGAGCAUAGAUCUAGCGGGAGAAUACCACUGCGCAGAAGUACAGAGCAGCCUCCGCAUCACAUCCGCGAGCAAACACUCCGGUCUGAUGUACGGUGCUUUCUCCGGCUUCAUGGGUAACGGGCCCGUGGCGUUGAUGAAAUACGUGGCUGGGGAAGUAUGGACGCUCGCCUGUCCGAGAGGGCUAGAUGCGCCUGCGCCGGGAGAUUGGACGUGUGUCUUUCAACGAGGAGACGAUGGGACAGUGGAUGAGGUCACGAUCGGGUGCUGGCUGGCUAGAAAUCUCAAGUUUGAAAGAGUGGAGAAGGGGACAGAGUAG